GCACGGUCGAAGUAUCGUAUAUACCGUUCCUCCUCGUGGGCAUUCCAAGCGGGAAUUCUCGAAAGCCAAGCCAGUUGUGUUGUAGAAACCGCGGCGCGGCUUGCCACUCGCCGGUACUUUCGACCGGCCGUAAAGUCGACGUUUCGCGCUCGUGCUGCUUUCAGUAAUACGGAAUUUCGCCCCGAAAGCGGACGCGACCGUGUCGCGAACUAUUGGCAACCCACCCGGAAGACCGACGACCCAUCGAUAAAAUUCUGAUCCGUCGCGCGAGUCACAAUGGAUGUUGAAACGGGGGCCAUUUUGGCCCUGCAGAUAUUGGCUUUAUGUUCGAUAGUCGCGGCCCUGCUGGCCUAUCUGAUGCGACAAUCCAGGAAUGCCGCCGACGAGUACGAGUCGCGUAACAAACGUCAUGUACUCGUUACCAGCUGUGAUACAUGCGUGGGCUUGCAGAUCGCCCUUGCACUCUACGAAGCCGGUUACAAGGUGUUUGCGGGCCUGUUGGAUCCAGCGGGCGGCUCGCCGUCGGUCAAAAUCCUGAAGGCAGUCGAGCUGGAGCGACGGAAAGAGAGCGAACCCGGCGAUGCGGACGAUGGUAAUCUACAGCAGCCGGAAGGAGCGCGUGCCCGCGGCCAAAUCGUGCCAUUGGAGCUGGACCCGACGCGGGAGGACAGUUUGCGCGCCUGCCUGGACGCCGUCAGGGCGAAACUUCCCGCCGGCGAAGACGGUCUCUGGGCAGUCGUGCAUACCGGUGGCUUGGUUUUGCCCGGCGUCAUUGAGAAGCAAACCAGUUCAAUGUGGGAAUCCAUGUUACGUCAUAAUCUGGUCGCUCCGCUGAGAACAGCCAGAGUAUUCAUCCCCCUUUUACGUAUUAAAAGAGGCCGCAUCGUCCUUUUGGGUGACUCCGAAACGAGCUACGGCAGCAAGAUGGGCUCCGGACUGGUGGCGUUCAGCGCGUCCCGAAAAGCUGUGGAGGGUGCCGCCGAGGCGUUAAAAAGCGAAUUACAUUCCUCGGGUGUCGACGUCGUGCUUUUGAAACCGCCGCCCGUGAAUCCCCUCGUUCUUUAUGCAUCACCCGUUCUUAAGACAGUGGACGUGGAGUCUGGCGUAACGGCCUCGGAAGGGACGUGGACUGCGCCGUUAUCGAUUCAUUCUGUGCAGAACGCUCUCAUCCCUGCGAUUACAACGUCGUGUCCUCUGAACGCGUACGAUAUGUCCGUCAAACCCAGGAUCUUCUGCCGAUAAUUUUGUCUAUAACGCAUGAAUAGGUGAAAAUAUGCAAGAUGUAGCACCGUUCGCGUGCGAGCUCCUCGAGUCGACGCGACAUAUGUUAAAAGGGGACAAUGGAGCACGGGAAAUACGGUAUACGUGUAUUGCGACGUCACUUACGUUGACGCGCGUCAUCCGGCAUGCCCUAAGGCGUCAUAAUCUGGAUUCUUUUCUACGUGGUUAUACGACGAGCAGUGCUUUCUGCGUGAACGAGUAUUGUCGUCCUUUCACUUGCGCUUGCUCCAAGUGACAUCGGCUUGGAAUUUUCAUCUUUGUCUCGUAUUUUCCAUGUAUUCUCUGUUGUAAGAUUUCGUUACAUCUCUCGUAUCGUUUAAUGAAUCGUUUAAGGAAACGCUUAAUGAAACAGCCAGUAAUCUUUAUCGCUAAUGUUGCGGGUUAGUGAUUGGAAAGUGUCGCACUUUCUAUUCCUCUUCCUUCUAAUAUGAAGACGACUUAAUACGAUUUAUGACAUCUGUUCAAUAAGCAACUGUCAUCUCGUAUAACUUUAAACUCUUCUAAUGGGAUUCUUAUUACUACGACGAUGUAUUUGAUCGUGUUGCAAUUUUAUGAAAGUCACUUUUAAGGGAGCGAAAUGGAAAAUAUCGUUACACAUGAAAGAGAAAGAAAGCUUUGGUGAAGAUGUAUGUAAAAUCGGAAAUGUAUUUUCUGUACUUGUAUGUGUGUAUGUAUAUAAAUAAUGUACUAAAUCUAUUAUAUAUAAUAUAUAAUUACGAAUACAUCAAUAUAAUAUUUUGUGAAAAUUGCUUUUGUAUGUUUUUGUAUAUAAAACAUAAUUGCAAUAUGAGAUUUUGCAGAUAAAUUAAUUUUUAUGGAAAUAGUAGAUUUAUCAAUUACAUAAUAUGCAAGAAACUGUUAUAUUGAGUUGUAUUAAUAAUUAAUGUGUAUACAAUAUGUCCUUUAUGGUUAUGUGUAACAUCAAUACAUUUUAUGUAUAUACUUUGUGGAGAUAUGUAUGAAAAAUAUAUACGAAGUAAUAUAUAAUAAUUCUUUACAAUAAUAUUCUAUUUCUUUUUAAUUUAUUGGAUCGUUUGUUGGUAGUGGAGAUACUUAAAUAUGAUUGUGUUGUUGUGUAACUAACCUGUUCGUAUUACUUUUAGUGUAAAGAUAAUCGUUUUUAUACAACAAUGUUAACUUGUUCUCUUUCUACAUAAAAGCUGUUGCACUACCAGUUGUAAAAAUGUAUAACUUAAAAAUGCAAAUUGUUACCUAACUGCAAAUUAUAUUUACUUUGUUAAGUGAUAAUUAUCAACGCCUCGCUAGACUGAUAUACAUAAACUUUACAGUAACUUUAAGGGCUGAUUUUUUCAACUUCUUGGUAAUUAACAGUUAAAUCAUAUAUAUAUCUUUGUCAAAUUUGAAGGAGAAGCAAAGGUAAAUAUAUGAUUUACCUGUUAGUUAACUUACCAAGAGGUUGAAAAAAUCAGUAUAUUAAGUUACUAAAUUCAGCAACAUUUCGAGUUCCUUAUGACUAAUAAGACUUCAGAUUUAUCAUAUAAUAUGACAAGAUAGGAAAGAUAGAAAUAUAAAAAGAAAAGAAUAUUAAAAUUUGCUCAAAACAAUAUGUCAUGUUGAAUGUAAUAUGAAAAUCUAAAUGUAACUUUUAUAUGUUGUUGCGUCAAUACAAUAAGGAAUUUACAUUAUUGUGUAAAUUUAAUACUUAAUUCAAUACACGAUAUGUUUAUUUCAUAAAUGUCAUUAAAAGAAUUAUAAAAUUCCCAUCAUCGAUUGUCUCACGUCGUGAUCAUCAUGAAAAUUGAUCUUUUAGCUGUUUUUAAAUUGAGAGUUUACUUCAUAAAAUGAAAGUGGAGAGUGAUUAGUUUAUCGUUUCUCGGCUGUAUAUGUAUUUUGUGUACGAAUAAUU